GUAAGUAACCCUCUUCAGGAUUUCACCAAAGAAGAUCGGAGGAGGGCCAACGAAAAGGCUCGGGAUUAUCGAUGGGUAGAGGGUAAAUUAGAAAAACGGAAAACGGACGGCAGUGGGAUUUGGAUGGUAGUGCCGCAUCCGUUCAUGCGGUAUGACUGGGUUAAGACAACCCACAAAGAAAUUGCGGCUCAUUUUGCCGUACGAAUCACGGAGUCCGCUAUCGACAAAAAUAAGUGGUAUUGGUCCAAUAUCCGCGACGAUGUGAAGUACAUCGUCGCCAACUGUCAAGUCUGCGCCGCUGAUAAAGCGCCGAUUCAGCCGCCAAGAUCGAUAGUGCCCACGGUUGUUGAACGGCCAUUUCAAAGAGUGAGGAUGGACACUACCGACAUAGUGGUGCCCCCUCACCCUAAUAGUUGCGAUCAUCCAGUCCUACUGGUAUUUGUCGACCAUUUCUCGAAAUGGAUCGAAGCGUAUCCUUGUCGCACGUGGCAAGCCACGGAAAUCGCGCGAUAUGUCAACCGUUUCCUCGGGAUGCAUCAGGAUACCGAGGAAAUCCUAACCGACAAUGGGGCUGAAUUCAGGGGAGAAGUGUUAAGAAAUCUGGUCCUACACGACGUCGCCAUACAGAACACUGCACCUCACAUGUCACACUCCAACGGGCUGGUUGAAAACGCUAACCGGGUGAUAAAGACAGCGUUGAGACGAAACAUCGCGGCACGGGAUCCGAGACCUUGGCUCGAUAUUGUUGAUCAUAUCCUGGCGGUCCAUCGCGGAACGCCCCACGAAUCGACGAGGCUAAGUCCCUUCCAAUUAAGGACCAAUAGUGUCGCUUGCAUUUCGAUACCGAGCCUCCCGAAUGAGACCACAUUAAACCGACGGCCCACCAGGGCCACGGCUCGGGACAAGGCCAAACGACACCUAGAGUUAAUGGAACGGUCGCUGCCCAGGCUAGCUCGAAAGCGACAGAAAAUGACCGAACUAGCCCAGGGCCGACAGGUCUGGAGCUACGAGGCCCGAAAUGGGAAUGCGGGUCCGCGGCCCCAGUACAAAUUGGGGGACGUGGCGCGGGUGAGGAAAUGUGCUCGCCAGGGUAAGCUAGCGCCACGAUUCUUCGGGCGAUAUCGCGUGAUCGAGCUCUGCCCCAACGGCGUGGACACCGUGCGCCUCGCCCCUGAAGUCUCUGACAGUCGAUCAGCUCGUCCGAUCACACGCCACGUGCAUCCAACGACAGAACAACUUGCUGCCAUUCGAGAGGAGGAAGAGGAGGAAGAAAGCACUGAGAGGGACGAAGGAGAAGACGAACGGGAAGAAAGUGGGGAAAGCGACAAAGUAUUCGGGGAAGAAGACGAAACCCCCGAAGAAGGAAGCUAUAGCGAGCAUAGCGAGGGGGAGCCAAGCGAAGAAGAAGAAGAAGACGACGAAGGAGAAGAAGGGCACGAAGAAGAAUCUGCUGGAUCGGAGUGGGAAGCCAUGCCGGAAGAAGCGCUGCGCACAGGAACAGAGGCAGAAGAUCCUGAGGCAGCCCGUAAAAGAGAAGAGAUCGCGGCCGGGAAGACGGAGUUAGAACUCGCAAGCGCGGCGAGUCUGUAGAUCUGCGACGACCCGAAGCGAGAUCCGGAGCCGCCCCGACCUGA